AGGUGAAGAUGAGGUUGCUCCAAGUUUUCACUUAAAAGUGUCAGGUACAGCAACCAGUCAAAACUUAGUAAUAUAUCUUCCUAAUAAUACCUUUCUUCUUCCUCUUUCCUAUCAAACCCUAACUACUACUUAUGCUUUUAUAAUUACCAGCAAAUUUAACUCCUUCAUUAUGGUAGAAGCCAUCUUAACAUAAUUCGCUCAAAAUAAUCCUAAAAAAUUAAACCGUACUCUAAGCCGACUAUAAUUCAUUUUUUAUUUCAUAAUUAUCACAUUUUUUAUUUCGUAAUUAUCACAAGGAGAUCAGAUUAAUGAAUCAUGUGACGGUGGUAAAAACUAAGUAUUGAUCAUAGAUGACGCGUUCUGAUCAAAUCUUGAACUGAAAAACAAGAGCAAGAAGAUAGGAAAGAAUAAGCAGCUAGAAAUGGCGGUAGCAGAUUCAAGUAAUAGUGAGCUUCAACAUAUGUUAAAGUCAGCAGUUCAAGCAGUUGACUGGACUUACAGUCUCUUCUGGAAAUUUUGUCCUCAACAAGGGAUAUUAGUGUGGAUGGAUGGGUAUUACAAUGGAGCUAUUAAGACAAGGAAAACAGUGCAAGCAAUAGACUCAAGUGCAGAACAAGCAUACUUUCAAAGAAGCCAACAGCUUAGAGAACUUUAUGAAUCAUUAUCAGCUGGGGAGUUAAACCAGCCGGCGAGAAGGCCCUGUGCGGCCUUGUCGCCGGAAGACUUGACCGAAUCGGAGUGGUUCUACCUCAUGUGUGUCUCUUUCUCUUUUCCUCCUGGUGUUGGGCUACCAGGAAAAGCUUAUGCAAAAGGCCAGCAUGUGUGGCUAACAGGUGCAAAUGAAGUUGAUAGCAGAGUUUUUUCUAGAGCUAUUCUUGCCAAGAGCGCUCAAAUACAGACUGUGGUGUGCGUACCUGUCUUGGAUGGUGUGGUGGAGCUAGGACACACUGAAAAAGUUGAAGAGGAGUACUCUUUAGUGCAACAUGUGAAAGCUUAUUUCAACGAACAUUGGCAGCAUCAGCUACCCCAUAGUGAUUCCCAAGUGCACUCAAAACCAGCUCUAUCGGAACACUCUACCUCCAAUCCAACUGCAUCCUCCAAUUAUUCACACAUUCAACCUCCUCUUAUUCUUGCCUCUACAAACCCACCAAAUCUCUCCAAUGAUGAUGCAAAUGAUAAUGAUGACGAGGAAGAGGAAGAAGAAACUGAGGUUGAAGUUGAGAUCGACUCAGAUUCAGAGACGCAUACGCACCCACGAUCAACAAUCAAGUUUGACGAUCUCCAUUACGAAAAAGGUACAGUUAUUCCAAUUGAGCCAAGCAAAAUAAUGCAUAUAGAAUUAUGUGAAGACAUUAUAAGACUUGACUCUCCUGGUCAUGAUAAUGUGUGUAACAACCUUGAUUCAAACUAUACAAUUUCACCACAAAGUCACAUGCAAUUGCAAAACAGAGGUGAUUACUUAAGUGCAAAAAAAACAUCUCAAAGAUGGUCUCUUAUAUAUCAACAAGCACAAGCACAAGCAGAUGAUCCAAUCUUAGUUAACAAUGUUCUCCAAUCACCUCCUUUAGGUACAGCAACAGAAGAGGUCUCCCAAGAGGAUACACACUACUCACAAACAGUAUCUAUCAUCCUACAACUCCAGUCUACCCGUUCUUCUACAACCUCUAUUGCUUCCUCCAAUUACUUCUCUUACUCUUCAAAAUCCGCCUUCUCUCAGUGGAGAUCGAGGCCCGACCUCCUCUACUCACCCCUGGACAGUACGAGCACAAGCACGAGCACCUCACAGUGCCUUCUUAAAUACAUUCUCUUCACAGUUCCUUUCCUACAUUCUAAGUCCCAUGUCAGUUCCACCAACAAAGCCUUGACUCAGAAGAAGGGUUCUGUACAGGAUGACCUGUCGGCCAACCAUAUGUUGGCCGAGCGUAGGAGAAGGGAGAAGUUAAAUGAGAGAUUCAUCAUUUUGAGAUCGUUGGUGCCUUUUGUGACCAAAAUGGACAAGGCCUCUAUUUUAGGGGACACAAUUGAAUAUGUAAAGCAGCUUUGUAAGAAAAUACAGGAACUUGAAACAUGUAUAAAGUUUGGAGAGGAGAAAGAGAAGAGGAAAGUGCGGGUUUUAGAAGGAGAUGUUGACGGGAGAAUGAAGCCAAGGAUGCCAGCACAGAUAAGCAACAUGUUGGAAGUAUCUAUAAUUGAAAGUGAUGCACUGGUCGAGUUGCAGUGCCCUUACAGGGAGGGAUUGUUAUUAGAUGUUAUGAUCACUCUAAACGACAUGCGCCUACAAGUCACAACAGUGCAAUCCUCUUUAAAUAACAGCUACAUUGUUGCCGAAUUAAGAGCCAAGGUUAAGGAGAAUGUCAAUGGACAGAAGCCCAGCAUAAUUGAAGUGAAACGGGCAGUAAAUCAAGUACUAGCACAAAGCGACUCCUAGGCUUUGAAGAAAUGCUGCCAACAUUCUAGUAAAUAUACAAAUGGAGAGACCUUGACUACAUACCAUU